AUUCAUAGGUCUUCUCCUACACAAAGACACUGUCUCCCGGAAAAUCCAAACACAUGCAUGGCAGCAGAGACGAGCACUCAAGUCCUUCUCCUCCACGCCAAACGCCUCCGCGGCCCUAACCGGAGUCUCAACGACCUCCCCGACGAGAUCCUCCUCCACAUCCUCUCCUUCCUCCCCACCCUCGACGCCGUCAACACCUCUCUCAUCUCCCGCAGAUGGCGACCCCUCUGGUCCCUCGUUCCCUCCUUGAACUUCUCCUACCACCUCUUCCCUCCCGCCCCCCAAUCCGAUCUCAACCCGACCCAGGACCAGGCCCAAUUCUUCGCCGACUUCAUCGAUCGCGCUCUCAUUCUCCGCCCCGACUCCGCCAUCCAAACCUUCCGCCUCUCCUUCAUCUUCCACCAAGGCUACCACAUCCACGUCGACUCUUGGAUCCGCUGCGCCGUCAAGCGCCUCAAGGCGCGUCAGCUCCACCUCGACUUCUUCAUCGACGAUAACCACCACGACGGAGACACCUGGUUUUAUGAUUUUCAUCUCUCGUUGCUCAGACAUGGAUGUGUAGAAGUCUUGAGGCUCACGCAUUGCUUCGUCACAUUGCCGGCUAACAUGUCCGCCAUGAAUCUCUGCUCGCUGAGGUCAAUUUUUAUCGAACGGAUUGAUCUGACGGAUCAGAUGGUCCGGGAUUUGGUUUCGGGGUGUCCGAAUCUCGAGGACUUGGAGCUUCGGAGCUGUGUGGGGUUGAAGAAUUUGAAUAUAUGUAGCAGUAGGAUUAAGAAGCUAGUGCUUGGGUAUGAUUAUGAUAGUGAGUCCAAGCAGAGCAUUGAGAUUGAUUGCCCAAAUCUUUGUUCGUUGAGUUUUAGUGACUGUAGUUCUGCUCAGUUUGUGCUUAAGGAAGCGCCGGCCCUGGUUGAGUUUCGUGUUGAUUUUGCUUGCUUAACUGAUAAGUACUUUGAUUUGUGGAGUAAGAUUGUGAGGCUACUGGAGCAAGCGCCUCAUGUUGAGAAGCUUAAUGUGCAAAAUUGGUGGUAUAAGCUUCUAAUAUCAGAGGAUCCUUUCCCUAAAGAUUUUAAGCUCAAUAAUCUCAACCAUUUAGAGCUACGGACUGGCCAUACUCAAUAUGAUCUGGUUGGCAUGGCUGCACUGCUUAAACUUUGUCCCAAUCUCCAGACAAUGGUUCUUGAUUACCUUGACAAGAUUGAAGAAGAUGCGAAUUUACCGGAAGAGUUCUUAAAUGAACUAGGUGAGUUCAACAUGCCAAAGCUGAAGAAAGUUACAAUCAUAGCGUAUACUGGAACAGAAGUGCAACUUAAUUUUGUGACUAUCUUGAAAAAGCAAGGAGUAAAGAUUGAACUUGUGUGUCAAAUUUGAUGAGAACUCGUACCCUCCGGGAGUUGCAUUUACAAACCCGGCCUCUUCAAAUGGAAUUCCUCCCAGGAGCUUCUCCAUGAAAUUAAGUUUAAAGAUUGAGCGUUAAGGAGGAAUCGAUGGAAUUGUUCCCAAAUUUUUUUAUUCUCUACAUCUGCGGAAGUUGGAUGAAUUUUGUGGAUGUGUGUGUGUAUAGAGUAUCGACAUGCAUAUAUAAUUUCUAUUGAGAUUAUUUCUUUAUUUUUUUUAAUAAUAUUGGGUAAUUUUCUUAGGUGGUAAA